UUCCCAAAUAUCUUUACUUAUUUCCAUCUUCAUUUCUCUACCAAUAUCAUCAACAGCAUGCACUGUGAAGGGGGACUUGUGAUGAUGGAUAGGGCUGAAAUCGAUACCACUGCACCAUUCAACUCAGUUAAAGAAGCCGUCGCCUUGUUCGGUCACUCAAUUUUAGCUGCUCAACUUCAUUCCACCAACCUCAAGGACCAGAUACAUGGUGAAAAGGGUCCUUCCAGGCUUGUAACUGUUACAGCUGAGUUGGAAGAGACAAAAUAUAAGCUUGAAAAGGCUAGGGAAGAGAGUAUGCUAAUGGCGAAUUGCCUGUGUGCUCCUAAAGAUGAGCUUGAAAGAAAAAAGAGGGAACCGGAGGAAAUCAAAGAACGAGAAAUCGAUAAACUAAUGAUGGAAUUCGAGAUGGAAGAUGUCAAGAUUGCCCCAGGCUCAGCUAGAUAUGAAGAACAAGGAACCGAGUUUCAAAAGAAGACAUACGUGACAUUCGCAAAGCAACCUUGUUUCACUCGAGUUGUGCAAAAACUCGAGAGACACCCUUCACUAGUAAAAAGGAAGAGGAAGCCAUUGAUUCCAUUGAUCGGAGGGCUAUUUUCCAAGAAAAAAUGAAACCAAUAAUUUCGUA